GCGCGAAUCGAGUCUCCCGGAAACAACAACAACAACGUACAGUAGCCAUCUGUCAAAAGCUAAAGCGAAACUUUUACUCGGCACUUGUCUCCCCGGGAUUGAGGAGCAUCUGUAACGUUACUAUGCUGUGUCCGAGUGGAUGAAACGAGUUGUGUUCCGAGUGAAAGACAGACACUUUAUUUUUUUUUUGGGGGGUUAGGUUUUGGUGAUUUACGGUAAAAGCUAGCGGUUAGCUGAAACGGAGUUGAGCAUGGACUGCACGGCGCUGGAGCUCGAUGCGGUUCAGUUCGCCAAAACAGCCGUCACCUAUGACCAGAAGGCCAAAUACAACGAGGCUGUGUUUUAUUAUAAGGAGGCAGCCCAGGCCCUCAUAUAUGCUGGCAUGGCAGGGUCCAAACUGGAGGGAAUCCAGGACAAAGUGAAUGAGUACUUGGAUCGGGUCCAAGCCCUCCACAAUGCUGGCCAGGCACAGAAGAUUGACCCGCUGAAGUCCCGGCAGCAGGUGGACCUGGAGCGUGCCCACUUCCUGGUCACCCAGGCCUUCGAAGAAGACGAGAAGGGGAAUGAUGAUGAAGCCAUUGAACUAUACACUCAAGCUGUGGAGCUCUGCAUUAACACGUCCAACGAGACGUCGGACCAGGCGCUGCAGACCAAGCUGAAGCAGCUUGCACGUCAGGCUUUAGACAGGGCGGAGGGUCUUAAAGAGUCCCAGGCCAAAUCAACUGCAGCUCAGACCGGGCCUUCUGGAAACAAGCCCAGCAGUGCGGGCAACUCUGGGGGACCGGUCCGCCAGUAUUUCCCCCUCGGCCCAGACUUCAGCCUCCACGACCGACCACAACCCCAGCCGGUCCGGGCGGUCCAGUCCAGCGAGCCCCAGGGUCAGCGCUACACGUCUGAGGAGAUCGAGGUGCUCAGGAGUACAUCUACAAUCAAUGGCAUAGCCUAUGUGCCCUUCAUGAGUGUGGACCUGAGGGAGAGAUUCGCCUUCCCUGUCCCUUUCUCGGACAAAACAGGGAAACUGGCACUGUCGCCCAAACAGAAAGCCAUCUUCUCCCGCUGGGUCCGACCGGACGAGAUCUGCAAUAACCCCACCAUGAUCAUGUCUGUGUCCAGUUUCAGCAUCAAACAGACGGUGGUGUCUGACUGUUCGUUUGUGGCGUCGCUAGCCAUCAGUGCGGCCUACGAGAGGCGCUACAACAAGAAACUCAUUACCAGCGUCAUCUUCCCUCAGAACAGACGAGGGGAUCCAGAGUAUAACCCCUGUGGGAAGUACAUGGUCAAGCUUCACAUCAACGGAGUUCCCAGGAAGGUGAUUAUAGACGACUACCUGCCGGUGGAUCGUAACGGAGAGCUGCUGUGCUCCUACUCCAGCAACAGGAACGAGCUCUGGGUCUCUCUCAUAGAGAAGGCCUACAUGAAGGUGAUGGGAGGCUACGACUUCCCUGGCUCCAACUCGAACAUCGAUCUGCACGCGCUCACCGGCUGGAUCCCCGAACGCAUCGCCAUGCACUCAGACAAUCAGUCAUUCAGCAAGGACGACACUUUCCGAAUGCUCUUCCAGAGGUUUCACAGGGGUGACGUCCUCAUCACCACGGCAACAGGGGUGAUGACAGAGGAAGAAGGGGAGAAAUGGGGUUUAGUGCCAACACACGCCUACGCUGUGCUUGACAUCAGGGAUUACAAGGGAAUGCGUUUCCUGCAGCUGAAGAAUCCGUGGAGUCACCUGCGGUGGAAGGGCCGCUACAGCGAGCGCGACGAGAAGAACUGGACACCCGAACUCCUCAAAUACCUCAACUUUGACCCCAAGACAGCACAGAAGUUUGACAACGGAGUUUUCUGGAUCGCAUGGGAGGACCUUUGUCAGUACUAUGAUGUCAUCUACCUGAGCUGGAACCCCGCCCUGUUCAAAGACUCCUCCUGUAUUCACAGUAGCUGGGAUGGGAAGCAGGGUCCGGUGAAGGACGUCUACAGUCUGGCCAACAAUCCCCAGUACAAGCUGGAGGUCCAGUGUCCAGCAGGGGGAGCUGCUGUGUGGGUACUGCUCACCAGACACAUCACUGACAAGGAUGAUUUUGCACAAAACAGAGAGUUUAUCACCCUUGUUGUUUACAAGACGGAUGGGAAGAAGGUUUACUACCCAGCGGACCCCCCUCCUUACAUCGACGGCAUCCGUAUCAAUAGCCCACAUUACCUGACCAAGAUGAGACUCACCAGCGCAGGGACACACACCUUCACCCUGGUGGUGUCCCAGUAUGAGAAACAGAACACCAUCAACUACACGCUGCGGGUUUACUCCGGAUGCAAAUUCACCUUCUCCAAGAUCCCAAAUCCUUUCACUCAAACCAAACGGAUCAACGGUCAGUGGAAGGGGAUCAGCGCUGGAGGUUGUGGGAACUAUAAGGAUUCUUACAAACACAACCCGAUCUAUCAGAUCAACCUGGAGCGCUCGGGACCGCUGCUCGUCGAGCUCCGAGGAUCUAGGCAGUACAGUGUUGGCUUUGAGAUGGUGACGGUGUCGAUGGUGGGGGAUCCAGGCGCAGCUGCCUUCCAGAAAAAGACAAGCGGAGAUUACAGAUGUGGCUUCUGCUACAUGGAGGUGGACCACGUCCCGGCAGGCAUCUACAACGUCAUCCCCACCACCUUCUUGCCCAAACAGGAAGGACCCUUCUUCUUGGACUUUGCCAGCACCUCGUCCCUCAAGGUCUCCCAGCUCCAGUGAAGAUGGAGCUGGAGAGAGGAGGGGGCAGGGAUUGGCAGAGAGGUACUGUAAAUGGACAGAUUGCGGGCAUGAACUUCAUUGUUGCCACACAAUUUUGGUGAAGGAAUAAAUGAGUGAUAAGGAAUCAUCAAGAGGAACUUCAAUGGAAUGAAAUCCAUCAACAGCCAAGGGAUUUUGGGACAAAAUAAAAUAUACUUUCACCAAAAAAUAAGCAGCCAACUGACAAAGUAAUAGUGCUGAGAGCAGUAUCAGAGAGCUGCUGUACCUCCUUAGAGUAUCAAUGGCGCUCACAACAACCAGAUGGAGUAAUUAUCAUCAACAUUGUUGAAUCUGAUGGAUCUCAUGAGAUGACAGUAACCAUACAACCACAUCCUGGACUCGAUGGACAGAUGUAACAGGGUUGAAAUGAACACCAGCCAAUAACUGCAAAAUGUCAAGGCUGCCUGAAGCCAGCUAAUUCUUCUCAGGUUCUGUUUUGCUGCAAUGAGCACCACAAAAGUCCAAGAAAGUGCAAAUGUUACAGCAAGUUCCUCAGAUAACUAAAAGUACAUCUGUGGACACUCCUGUCCACAUACUUGGGACUUGAUUUUGGCCCCUUAAUUCUGCAGGGGCCAGUUUGUCCCUUUGCUGUUUGAACCAUAAACUGCAUGUAAUUUAAAUGCAUUGGUUUCUGAAGAGCCGUUGUAAAGCUGAGUGUGGGCGCCUCUGGCUGUCACCAUCCUGGCAGUCCUGACUCUGCUAAUACGAGUGUGGGUGGAGCUGAGGCGAGCUGAAUAAAGCCUGGUUCCUGAAAACAGCCGCCUGUGACGGCACCCACCUAAAAAGUUGCCCCUACAGAGGUUGCCCCCUUGGUUUAACAACACCCCCUGUGAGAGAAAUAGUUUUCCAAGUUUGGUGUAGAAGAACCUGACUGGGCUGCUCAGAGUCCUGACCCCGACCCUGUCCAAGACCUUUGGGAUGAAAGCCAACAUCUCAUUGAAUGGGAGCAAAUCCCUGCAGCCAGGUUCCAAAGCCUGGUUCCUGAUGGAAAGUCUGAAACCAGAAGAGUGGAGGAUGUUAUAGCAGCACAUUAAUGCGUUAAAAUGUCCUUACAUACUUUUGACCAUGUUGUGGAUCUUUAGAUGAGAUUUGACAAUGUUUCUGGAACAACCACUUUGGUUUCUCUGUCAGAAAAGCAGACCAGUGACAGCCCAGUGAGUGAUGCAUCCAUCCAGACAGUUGGAGGAAAGGUUCCUGAUGAUGUCUCAGUAAAAGAGAGACCUGUCCAUCACAGCCGAUGUGAAAUGACAGCUGUCUCCAGUUAAUUCAUACAUGGCCCUGACAGGCAAAAACGGCGGGUUUACUUUUCCCGGCUGUAACUUCAACUCUGUCAAUACGUGACAUUAUUGCUUCUCCACAGAAAGCCCAAAGAACAAGUGCUGUUCUGAGAUAUAAAGACAAUUAAACAAGAUCAGAAACCAGAAGAAUAAAAUAACUGGGUUCUAGGGUCACGAUCAUUUAUUUUUAGUUAUAUGUACAGCAUGUAACGGGACAGGAAGUAUGAAAAAAGGUCCACUUGAGAUGCUCACUACUGCAAAACAGCUUGAAUGAGAAGGAUUUGUCGACUCUGGCAGCCAUGAUGCAAAGCAGAACUUCUUUUUGCAGUGUGGAUUCCACAAAUGAAUGAAUUAUUGGUGACUUCUUGUCAUUCAGUCUGUCUCCCAGGAGUGAAACAGUCUGUCAGGUGGAAGGGACAGUGUGUCUCCUUAAAUGACCAUGAAGGUUUUUUUCUAUUCUCAGGAGCAGAGCAGCACCGCAGGGAAUCCAGUAUGGCAGCAGUUGAAUGAUGUCAUGUUGUCUGUAGCCUGAUUUCACUGACAGGUAUCUCUCACACACACACACACACACGCUGUAUGUAUGUGUGUGUGUGUAAAUGUGUGACUGUCACUAUCAGCCUUCUACAGGUGAAAAUGUAAAUGUAUUGCCAAGUACCAAGUUUACCUUUUUGUUGAUAUACUGCACCUUGUUUUGGAUCAUUUCUCUUUAUGUUUCUUGUCAAACACAAUGUAUGGAAGUAUGUGGCUUUGUUUCUUCAACGCAGGUAGUUUUAACAGUUUUCUUAAGGCGGCUCUUCUCCUUGUUCUCAGUGUAGAAACUUUCCCUUUGGGUGACGUCACCCAACAGCAGUCAUGUACGAAAGUUGCCGCUAUAUUCCGUGUUGCUGAUCUCUGCGACACUAGCAAAGCUUUGCAAGUCGCAUCACAGGUUCCUUUGCAAUAACAUCUGAUGCAGUCGUGGAUUUGCUGGAUGAGAUUCUGAUCCGGGCUGGAUGUUGUGGUGUCAACGUUAAAGGCCCAGUGUGUAACAUUUAGGAGGAUCUAUUGGCGGAACAACCAAACCCUGACUCUAGAUUGGGCUUUCACAUUUUUCACAAAUUUCACAGCCACCAUAGUUUCCUACCACGCGCCUGGAAGUCGAGCGCUAUUCAGUGGGUUGCAAUCUGCAAUGUCACCACUAGAUGCCUCUAAAUCCUACACACUGGUCCUUUGAAGUUAACGUAGAGUUUAUUUUGCGUCAUGUGGACGCAGUCAGCCAGUCUCUCACUUAAGUAACUGAAAGUGCAGACAUUCAUAUCUGAAUCCAUUUCUAACGCAGUCCAAACACCGAAAGACUUUCAGACACAAGGUCGGCGUGGCCUUUGAAUCGAUUUGCAACUUGCUGCUUGAAAAUGAAACCACGUUGUUUUUCUUUCUCAGCUGUGUUGCAGUGAUUAGACUGACCUUGUACUGGCCAAUUCUUAAAAAAGACCUUAGUUUUGAGGCUUAAUGCAAUUUGACGAUUUUAUUAAUAGGCUAAUUGUUUCAUGACUAGUUUUCAUUGAUUUUCACUUUCACUGCGCUCUGUAUAUUUAAUUUAUUUUGAGGAUUUUGAAAUCCAGAAGUCACAUAUUGUGAACACAGUGCAAAGAGAGCUUAUCAUGAAAAACCUGCCUCAGUUCACAUUAUUCCAUGUGUAAGUUCUGUAAUUCUGUAGCAGCUGGGACAGUGAUUAACUGGUUCGCAGUAAAUCUUCCGGGGAGCAUGGUGACAAUUCUUACCCAUAAUUACUGCAAAUAAUAAUUCAUAGUAAAGCCAGCACUGACUGGUUGUUGACUGUAAAUGAACUAAUAAUGCUGAUCCGUUCAGAGCGGAAUAUAGCUUUAAACAUCCAUUGCCAAGCACUUCUGUCAAAUAUCCACUUGUUGAUUAAUGAUCAUCAUUAUUGUUACGAAUGCCACGUCUUUUUAAUUUUAAAUAUGCAGCAGGACAAUCUUGCAGUGACCUGUUGUAUGAAUGUUGAUGUAACGUUUGCAGAACUUGCACUAAAUGUUGGGUAGACUGACGUGUUCAAAAUUUGAAUACAGAAAAUGAUAUCUGA